AUAAAAGCAUUGUUUAUUUUUACCUGUCAAAAAUAUUAAUAUUUAUAUUGUGAAUUAAAAUAAGACAAAAUAGUUAUUUUCUGUAAAAAAGGAAUUAACUCAAAUAAUAAUUGUUAAUUUUUAAAUAAUAUAAAGAAAAAUUGAAAAAUCGCGGUUAUGUUGACAGAUAACAUUCCCUGGCAGUUCUGCGGCUUGUUUAUACUUUAUUUUUCUUUUUAAAAGUCAAUAUUUUUUAUUAAUAAUAAACUAUUUUUUCUUUUUUUUUUUGAAAAGUGUGUCAAGGAUUUGUGAUAAAUUUAGUUUUACAUUGUAUUUUAAAAAUACUAUAAAUAAAACUUUUUUUAAAAAAAAGAAAAGUACACGUGGAGGAAUAUCCUUUUUCGGUGAUUUACUAAAAAUAUACAUGUGGGAGUAGUAUUCUGUGAUAAGUUGUGAUAAAAAGAGUGCUAUAAAGUGUAUUAUAAUUAACAAAUAUUUUUAAAUAAAAUUUAUAAGUGUGGUUUUAAAAAUAAUUCUAAAAAAAAGUGACUAUUAAUAAAAGUUAAAAAAUGAAGAGAGAGAUUAUAAUAAAUUUACUAUUUGCAUUUAUUUCCUUAGCUAGAACAUCAUUUCUAGCGACUCCACCACAAAAUGCUUUGAUUGUGGCCUUUGAAGAGACCUAUGAUCUUUCUUUAUUGGCAAAUACAUUAUCUGAUCAGGGAAUUGAUACAACUUUAAUUGUUCCUUCGACAGCGAAUAUUUAUGAAAAUUUAGUUGAAGUUGAAGUGCUUAAAGUUUUUAAUGAAGAAACUAAAGUCGAAGCAAAAGCUCUCAAAGCCUGCGAACAACUUCUCAGUGAUAAAACAAUUUUAAAAAGAGUUCGUGAACUUCAACCCACAUUUACAAUAUUUCCUUCUAUUAGACACGAUGCCUGUUUAAUUCCCUGGGUGAAGUCAAUUAAAUCAAUUCCAGUAAUUUGGACUCUAGGUUCAAAUGAAGAACUUUAUACGUUUAUACAAACAGGAUCGGCAAUUCCGAUAAACACUGAGGGAUUUAUGAUGACAAUGAUUUCAACAGUAAAAGAUAAAUUAUUUAUUUCAUCAAUUCGCAGUAAUUACGUUAAUCCAGCUUUGAAAUUAGUCUCAAAAUAUCUUCCAAAUAUUGAUGUGACAUUGGAAAAUCUUUACAAUGAUGUUGAAUUAAUUUUAUGGGGAAGUGACAGUGUUUUUAGUACAAAUUUUGCAUCUUUGACACAAUUAGUUGUAGAGGUCGGAUGUUUCCAUUGUAGAGGUGUUGAACCAUUGCCUGAAAAUCUUCAAAAAGAAUUAGUUGAAUUAAGAUCUGGAACAAUUGUCUCAUUGUUAGAUGAAAGUCAUUCAAGUCUCAUGGAAGAAUUGGCAAAAAAAUUACCUCAGGGAAGACAAGGACAGGCUCUUGUUUGGAGACAAAAAAAUGUAACUUUUGAAGCGCAACCAACAAAUCUUUUUGUUAACGAUAAAGUCGAUCGUCAAGAUCUUAUAGGCUAUCCGCGAACGAGAGUUUUAUUGAGUCAUUGUGAAGAAACUGAACUGUUGGAGGCGGCAUUUCAUGGAACGCCUGUUAUAUGUUUUCCGAGAAAUUUCGACGAGAAAAAAAAUGCAUUACACAUUCUGAAAUUAGGAUUUGCUUACUCGACGGAAGGCGAUUUUUCAAUUGAAACUAUUCUCGCUGCUGUGAAUGAAAUUCACAAUUCUGCUAUGUAUCGUGAAAAUGCAAGAAAAAUUUCACUUUCCUUGAGAGAUAGACCAACACCUGCAAUGGAUAGACUUGUUUUUUGGCUUAAAUACAUUGGACGCAUUAGAACAGAAGCUGAUAAUUUUCUUUUACCUGUUAAAAAUAUUCAUACUUACGCUGAAAUAUGGCAAUUUCUCUAUGGUAUUGCAGUUGGCACUCUACUUAGUAUUUUCAUUACGAUGCUUUAUUUUGCCACACGUUUCGCAGCAAUGAACGAACGUCAACAUAAUAAAUCAAAAGGAAAGUAUAAAAGAUAAUUUUUUUUUUAAAUUAAACUUUAAAUUUACUUUUGGCAAUAUUUCAAAUUAAUUGUAAAUAAUUCAUACAAGUUCUUAAUGUUCAAAUGAACAUUGUUUUCUGUUUUCAAAUUUCAAUUUUUCAUUUUUUAUUUUUAAAAUUACAAAUUUUGUUCGUGUGAACAUUUAGAACUUUAGAAUAAAUUAUGCAUAUAAAAUUUUUGCAUAAACAUUCAUAACAACGAAAUAUGAAACAAAAACAACGAAUUAUAAAAAAAAACAAAAUUGAGCAAUUGUGAUCAAAUUUUUUUAUAUCUUGUAUUUAUAAAUACACGUAUAAGAUACAAGUCAUGCAUAUAUAAAUAUUAUAAACUACCGUAUCCUAAGGCUAAUCGAGUGAUGCGAUAUUUCAAACAGUUACUUGAGAAAAAGUAACGUUAGAAAAGUUGCGAUUACGAUAUAAAUAUACAAGGUAAUUAUCCAAGAAGUUUAUGAUUUACAAAAAUCAUGUGCAAUAAUUAAAUAUAUGAAACAAAAAAAAAAAAAAUUAGAUGAUUUUUCAAUUUUUUUUUUUUACCACAAAUCAAUGUAAAUCACUGGAUAAUUACCCUGUAUGAAUAUACACAUAUAUUUAUAUAUUUAUAUAUAUAUAUAUAUUUAUAUAAAUUAUCUCAAACAAAAUAAAUUACAAUCUUUCAAUACUGCGCUUUGUAUAUCGUUGUUGUACAGCAAGAGAAUAACCUUGCUUUUCAUUUUUUUUUUUUUCAUUUUUAUUACUCUCUAAACUUUCGAUAUGGUUAUAACCUAUCGAUUUUUUUUUGCCCGACGGAUAUUGAAAUUAUGGGAUUGUGCAUUUUUAAAAAAAAUAAUAAAAUUAUCACCUCAAUAAAAAAAUAUUCGAAAAUUAAAUUUUCGAAAGAAAGGAAAAAUUUGAUUUUUGGAAUUGGAAUCGAAAUAAUUUUUUUUUUUACAAAGUAUUUUUUAAAACACAGAGAAUGGGCAAAACUAGUGGACGGAAUCCUCGGCUCAAUAAUUUUCGAAUGAAAGUGCCUUGGAUUUCGUAUUAUCAGUACUAUGUACGUUUAAUAUGUAUAUGCAAUUGAUUAUUUUUUCGUCCAUUUCUUAUUAUGGAAUCAAAAAUUCUCCAAGGUAUUUUAUUUGCGACAUUCUUGACUUAUUUCUCGAUGAAACAAUUUUUUUUUUAAAUUCUCUUGAGUUUUAUUUAUGUAAUUUCAAUUUUAUUUUAAUUCUGUUUUUAAAAUUAAAAAAACUAUUUUUUAAAUAGUCCUUUCUUUUUUUAUAGAAAUUUUCGAUUUUUCUAAAUUAAAAUCAGAAUGGUCAGUUCGUCGCAAAUUAACGACCUUUAAUUUAAAUUUGAAUUAAAAAAAAAAAUCAAAAAAUUGAAUUGGACGAGAAAUAAUGUGUCUCGCAUAUUUUUAUAUAUAUAUACAUAUACAGCGGUAAGGAUAAGUAUUAAGUACGUUAGAAAAUAAAAAAUCGUGUAUGUACAUUCAUUGGCAUACGAGAAAAAUCUUCUCGGUCGGCCCGAAGGCGUCGUUGGGUUGUCAUUUGAAAUCACUAUAUACUCAUUAGAGAGCAUGGGCGCUUUUUUUUUCUUUCCUAAAUGGAAUCAAUUUCUGAUGAUCCUUGAGCGCCAAAAAAAAUUUUUUUUUUUAAAGCCAAGGGCCGAGAGCUUAACGAAAAACGGUUUACAAUUUUUUAACAUUACAAACUCGUUUACAUUUUACUCGCUAUGGCAUUCACGCUCUUGGGAAAUCAUAAAUUAUAAAUAUCUUUUAAAAGUAGCCUCUCUUGGCGCUUACGCACUGGAAGCGCGAAUUUGCGUACGUCGUGCGUCAAACAUUUUCGGGCGGCUUUUUUUUUUUUUUCUUUUUUUU